ACGAUCUGUCAUAACUGCGCUGCCAGAGAUAUGUCAUUUUAUUUUAGUGAAGUGACUAAUGAAAAUUUUUUAUUUUAUUCCCGCACUUCUAAUAUCCUUCUUGUGAAGAUAAAAUGGAGUGUAUCUAUAUUAAAGCAAGUGAUGAACGUGAAGAAGGAGAAAUUGUCGACGAUGAUCUGGAAGAAAUUUCAGACGACUCCAUUGUACCUUCUCCAAAAACGGGUAAGUUGAAUUCACCUGAAGAAAACUUACGUGCAAUUUCUUUAAGCAGUGUGAGCGACUUGGAAGUUAUGGACUCCUGUUCAUCAGUACAUCAUUCGGAUCGAAGAAAACAUCGAAGGAGGGAAGGUAGAAAGAGAAAAAAACCGCUCAGACAUAUUCAUAGAAGAUCUUCGGGCAGUACUUCUGAGGAUGAAGAAAUGGUAAAAACAAAAAAGCUUCUGAGGGAAGCUAUGAGUAGAGAUCAAGAAGAAAUACAUAAUAAUAGCCUUCGAACAAGAUUAAAAAAGAUGGCUCAAAAUUCUUCACAACCAGAAGAACAUGAAAUUAAUUGUCUUGACUGUGAUAACCUCCAAAAUAAUUUCACAUCUUCUGAAACUGUUACAAUAACAAAUAAAGUAGAGAAUGAAGAAGCUAACAGAGAAUCAGCUGAAGCACAUGAAACAUGUAAUAAACGUUUGGGUGCAGAUGGGGAUGAUGAAUUGAUACAAUUGAGACUAGAAGCAUUGAAGACUGCUGUCAUCAAUAAAUUUCAACGAAAGAAGAGGAAAGUGAAACCAGAAAAUCAGGAGGAAUCUAAAACAUUAGAAGUGAAUAAGGAAAAUUCAUCUGUUGAAGUUAAUACACAAAAUGGUGCCUCGGAUAAUGUGCAGGAUAUUUCUGACAGAAUUUUACCUGCUGCUAAUAAUAGUUCUCCUAAUAGUGCCAUAAAUUCUGAGGAAGAGGUCGAUGAAGAUAUCCUACGGGCUGUGCUCUUAGCUUCAAUGGCAAAGAAAAUUACUAAUAAAGUCCCCUCACCUAGCUUAAAGAAAACAAAUCAGACAAAGAGUUCAAGUAUUCCCCACAAAAAACAAUUGGAAACUUCAAAAGUUGGUACUAAAUCAAUUAUUGAUCCUCCUAAAAUACAACCUAUUAUUAUUAGUAUAAACAACCCAGAUUCUGAGUCAGAAGAUGAAUUUCAUGAUCAAGUUUGUGCUGAAAAUGAUAAAAAUGACAACAUAUUAGACAAUAAGCAAUUGGAACUGAAAAUUGAUAAUUUUCUCAAACAACAAAGAGCAGAAGUUGAAGCUAAAGCCAACUCGAACAGUAUCCCAAAAACUUCUAUCAAUAUCAGUCCACAAACAAGAAAAGUUGUUAAGAUAAAUAGCCUAUAUAAGUUUCUCCCUCAGAAUAAACAGUUGGAGUAUGAAGAGUUGAUACAGAAACUUAAAAGUGCAGAGAAAAAACGAAAAGUGAAAAGGUUAUCAGGUCGAAUAUCUGAAAAUAAAAUACAAAAAAACAAAUCUUCCUUGAGAACUACUGAAAAUAAUUCUUCCACAAGUAGAUCUAAUCCAUCAGGCUCUCAACAAAAGCAAUUGAGACAUGUGCAGCAUCAAUUAAAUGGAAGAUUACAGGAUAAAGGCAAAUAUCACGAACUUUCUCCAUUGUUGAAAAAGUUGGAGGAAGUGAAUGUAGAACAGAAGAAGCACGAGACCCUCAUCAGUCAACUUCUAAAACAACUCAAGGAGGCCAAGACCAACAGCUCCAAAUUACAAAAACUCUUCAACGAACUGAUGCAGGAUUUUUUGAAAAAGAAGGAGGAAAUUGAUAGAAAAACCAAAGUGGCUCCUGUCCCUAAGCAAGUUGUGAAACCAACUCCGAAACUUCCAGUUGCACCGCCAAAAACUAAUAUUGAUGUACAAACACCUACUGAGCCACUUCCAAUCAAAAAGCAAAUUACAAAUGCUCAUAACUCUGUUCAUUGUAAGGUUAUUCUGGAAAACUGCCCUAUAAAUUUAGAGGAUCCGAACGAUAUUGAAUUUAAGACAUUUACCAAGGUGGAAAAUAGUGAAGUCCCAAAAUAUUCCUCACCUUUAGAUUAUAUGGAAAGUAAGAAUCACAAAAUACUCAAUCCAAUGGAAAUACUUUGCCCUUUCGAGAUGGAUGGUUUGUGCCGAGAUAAAGACUGUAUUUAUAACCAUUGCAAUUAGGGUUUAUCUCAAAAAAUUUCAAGGUGAUUCUUUUAGUAACUUUUUUUUCGAACAGAUCUUUCAAGCUUUGUUUUUCAAAGGAAUAAAUUCUAUAAUGAACACCAAAUGUAGAUGUCAAAUAACCACAUAAAUUAAUGAUGAAAAAAUUUAAUAAAAAUGAUCCAUCAUUGAUUUAGAGGAAAAUUUAUGUUUUCUUUCAUGAUCCAUUGAUCCAUUGAGAACAUACUAUGAUAGUAUGAAAAUUAUCAUCAUAUUGAUGUGCAUUUGUUUUCAUAUUGGAGCAUGUCAAACUCGGUAUGUAGCAAUAUUCAUUAUUGGAGUCGAUAUCUGAGUUGUAAUAGUGGUCAUCCGAAUUUAUGUGGUUUGGGUAUAAAAACAGUACAAAAAAUAUGCCAUUUAGUUUAUGUUUACUCAAGUUUAACGAAGUAAAGUUUGUAUAUUUUUGUAUUUUUAUUGAGUUUUCCAAUAUAAUAUUAUUACUAA